AUGCAUCGCUCAUCGACAUUGAGGCUUCUAGUUUGUCUCCUCGCCGGCUCAGCUGCAGCUCAGAGAAAGGGCGGCGGCGGUGGAGGGGGCGGAGGUGGAAGCAGCAACGACGACGAUGACUCUUCAACCGGUGGUGGAGGCGGUGACAGCGGCGGUGAUGACAGCGGCAGCGGCAGUGGAAGCGGCACCGAUGACGGCUCGUCCCGCCCCGACAACUCGGCGCCCUGCGGCUACUUUGCCCGCCUGGAAACCUUUGGCCUGCCAGGUCUCUACUACAACGGCACCCUCACGGUGCGCCACCACAUCACCCACAACACGGUCUGGGACGAGGAGUCGGAGCCGAUCGACGUCUGCGACAACGACGACAGGGACGUGAAGACAAGCAGGUACCCGGCGCUCGUGCUCAUCGCCCCGACGGGCAACGAGUCGGACACGAACCCGAUGCACUGGGUCUUGCGCGGUUUCCAACCGGCUCACGAGUACCACGCCCUCCGGGACGCCGUCGACUUUAAGCAGCGCUGGGUGUACAUCCGGUCAAGCGACUUCGUCAUCUCUAACUACACGCGCGAGUACAACACGGUCUUCUCGCCCUACUGGACCAACCGGUACGACGACUCGGACGCGACGGACCUCGAGGAGACGACGCGCGUGUACUGGCCCACGAACAUCACGGCCGAGGAUGACGGCACCUUUUCUGCGCAAGCAGAGUACGCCCAGGCGCCACCCAUCAUCAAUAGCAAGGACUACAUUGGCUCCUUCCCGCGGCCGGGGAAGCAUACAAGCCAGUAUGUCACGGUGAAGAGCGUCUGCAGUAUGAAUCAGAGAUACUAUGAAGAUGAAGAGGACAUCGACACGGUCCGGGGGUCCGACGGAGCGAAGAGGAGGAGACAAGACGAUGACGGCUUUGAUGAGAAUGGCGAGCGCAUCUGGUACUCGUCAAACCCGACGUUUUGGCUAGAUAAGGGCGCAACCAUGGAGAUGGCCGGCAUCGGCGCGGACCAGAUGACCCUCACGCUCAACAACAGUCUCGACAAGGCGAUACCUUGGAUGGGAGAACGGGAGGGCGGAUGUUCCCCCGAUGAGCGCGAGCCCUUUGAACUCUCGAAUUUCAACCCGAUGCAAUCUGCAGCCUACGAAGGUCAGGGAUUGAGACCGUGGAACGUGACCCUGAGGAUCAGUUUAUCAUUCGAGGGCUCAAUUGUUCGAGAGAACAGCACAACAGUCAACGGCGUAGAAGGUGGAAAGCUGCUUUUCAACGCAGGCUACAAGCUUGAUGAGGCAAUUGAGGAGGAAGAGGAGGAGGAUAAUAAGUCCAUAGCGGCACAAGCGAUGUUCAAGGGCUAUGCUGUCUUGAUUGUUGUCAUGGUGGCUGGAUUCGUUGCUUUCUAG